AUGGGGAACGUGCAGGUGCUGAAGGAGAAGGCUGUGGAGGAGUACCAGCGGGUGAAGGCCCUGCAGCCCCGCUCCGACGAAUACGACUACCUCACAAUUCAGGACCUCCUGCGCGUCCGGCUCAUAAACGUGGUGCGUGAGUACUCAGUCGACUUUUGUCACCUGGGCACCCUCUACGUUCUCGACCGACACAAGAGAGGGCGGUUCGACGAGGACGACUUCCUGGAGUUCAUCGACCUGUGCUUCUCGCAGGAGAACUCUUCCGACUCCAACGGGAGACAAUCAACUUCGCGAGGCGAUUUUCAGACGCAAUUCCAGGCCUAUUGUACGUGGCAGAUGUGGAACGCGAUGGUCAACAACCCGAAUGGCGAGCAGAAGUGGGGGAGGGAGGGGAAGAAGUUCUCUUCGCUGACCGGCGGGGCGGGAGCCAUCUCGCGAUCAGACGCGGAAGCCGCGGCCCUGGCGCUCACCGCCGCUGCCAACAGUGCCAUGCCUGCGGCGGAGCUGCUCAGUCGUGGCACCGUACAGCUCAUUCACAAGAUUCUCAACAUCAAGAAGGCCUACGGUGUUGACGAUCGCGAGUUCUUCAACCUGAUGCAGCGAGCAGCCGAAGAGAUGGUCUUUGACUGGAUGAACCUCGAAAACGAAGAUCUCGACGAAUACGUCCCCAUCUUGGUCAUGCACCAGUUCGCUUCGGACUUCGUCAAGGGCUUCGUGAACCUGAUGUUCGAGCUCGGUUUCGAAUCGGCCUAG